AUUAAGAUGACCUCGAGUCUUGAGAUUCUUGCCAGGGUCAGGUUAUGUUCAGUGAUGCUGGAUCUUGAUUGUGAUGCAAUCAUCAUUGAAAUGUUCCAAAAUUUCUAUAAAGCAGUGAGGUACUGACAUCUUCUGAGAAUUGCCUUCUCUUGUUAACCUUUAUAUGUAAUACCCAUCCCAAAUUCCCUAGAGAACAUAAUGGAAAUAUAUCGUCAAUCCAACAUAGGAAGAAAGGCUUGGUUGUUGUUGUAUUUAUUAAAAAAGCAGUUCUUAUGUGCAAGUACAAUCAAAAUCAUUAUGUUCUGGUGAUUUGGCUGUUGUUUUUCAGGGAUUAUCACCCAGAGAAUAUCUUUUCAUACAUGGAGAUGUUUAUGAUCCAUGUCCUGAAAGAAAGUGAAAGCAUCUCUAUGGAGUUACUCUUCCCAAUCUUACUUGUUAUUGUAGCGUAGUUGCUCCUAUAUGCCAAAAGGCAUCUGGAGCUGUUGAGCAGAAUGAUGCCACUACUAAUGACCAUAAAGUAAGCAUCUCAGUGGUAUCUAAUAUCUCUUUUCUUUUUGAGGACUCUAAUCACUUAGUGCAGCGGUUCUGUAAGCAUGUCCGCUCUUCAGGUGUGGGAAAUAAUUUUGCACUACUUAAUUUUCCAAGUUUCAAAGCUUUGUGUUAUUCCCUUGUGCAUGUUGUUCCCUCAAAACGUCAUAUGUUGGCUGGUGGGGACACAUUUGCUAAUACUUUGCAAUGGCUUUUGAGCAGAUUUGGUCUCUUUAUUUUAUACCUUCAUUAAAUCGCUGUAGGCUAAUGACAAGCCUAGAGGGUCAUCUUUGAAAAAGGGCAGCCCCGCACAUUUUGUUCUUGUAAACAAUUGUUAACUAUCUGUCUAUUUAGGUCUCUAUUACCUAUCUAUCUACUUCUGUUUUGCAGGAGUUAUUUUUCUUCCUGUUAAUCAAUAUUUGUUCUUAGAGUUUAAGACUUAUAAAUGAUUAUAUUCUCUGCCAGGAGGAUAAAGAGAUUCCCAAAGAAGCAGGUUCCACUAAACAAGUUGAUCUUGCAAAUGAUAAAAUCUCCGAUGUUGGUUAUUAGUGGUGUUGUUAUGCAGAAGAGGAAUGAUGACUCAUUGGCAGAUUUAGACUCCCCUUAAGGAAGAAAGAGCUGAUAAGCCCAAAAAAGUUGAUACAAGUGUUGUUGAACCAGAGGAUUUGGGUACUGAGAAGGUGGUCUAUUCUGAAUGUAAGUAAGGUACUAAGAACAUAUUGACAAACCUAAUUUGCUCUCUACAGAACCUUUGGAAAAUUUGUAAAUUAAUGAGAAGGAAUUUGAGAAUGUGCCAGACCAUGAUAAGAGCAAGGAUCUCCCUAGUUUAUCGCUUGAGGACCUGUCCAUUGAUGGGACUGCAUCCUUGCAGAAUAAAAAGGGGACAGGUAUUUAACCUUCUAAUUUGGAAUCUACAAAACCUUCUGAAAUUUUGUAUAUUUGUCAGAAGGAAGCUGAGACCCUGCCAGACCAUAACAAGGACAGCAAGGAUGCCCCUGGCGCAUCACAUGAGGUCCUUCCCAUUUAUGCGGCUGUGUCCUUGCAAAAUAAAAAAGAGACAGACAUUCGACUGUCCUUGGACUCUACAGAACCUUCUGUUUAUGAGAAGGAAGUUGAGACCAUGUCAGAUCAUAAAAAAGACAGCAGGGAUGCCCCUGGUUCGUUGCAUGAGGACCUGCCCACUGAUGGGGCUGUAUACUUGCAAAGUCAUAAAGAGACAAUUAUUUGACCUUCCUCACGUAAAGCAACGGAGGAUGAACUGACUGACUUCCUCAAUACCUAGUGGGAGUGUCGCUGAUGCCCAGCCCUAGAGGAAGGACAGCAUGAUUAAGGAGAUCAUUCCUAUAGUUGAUGAUGCCUUCACAAAGGCAUCUGAAGGAAUAAGUGAUUCAGAAGCAAAACAAAAUACAUGCUUUAGGGGAAAAGGUGACUGCUCUGAUUUCAAAGGAGGAUAAAACUCAGGCAGAAGUAGUUGAAACUGGGAAAGAAAAUGGCACUGCAACUGCCUCAAAGGCAAGAUCACUAAAGCAGUCAUUACAGAUGUUAAAUGCCAGCAGUAAAAGUGGUGAUCGGUUGUCUUCAAAGAAGUUGGAACUUAAGAAAAUGGUAGCUCAGGAAAAUGUAUUUCUGAGAAGGAUGGAACAAAAUCUUCAACCAGGAACGACGACAAGGUACUUUGCCAUUUAGCUGUUUAGUUGAUGUUCUUGCUUGUUGAUUAUGUUUUUCCAGAUUGUUUAAUUCAAGGAAUCGUAUUGAUGUUAUUUAUGAAUUAUUAUGAGCAUUUUACUUAGUUCCACCCUUUAUACAUAUUCAAACAUCAUCGGUUUGAUUGCCUUCAAACCUGUGUCCUUUAGCUUUGCUAUUUUCUCUUUCCAUUCUUGUCUUAAAAUGUAUGAAGGAAUUGUUCUGUAUUUUCUUCUUGUUAGGUUAAGGACCAUUAAUUUCUUGCUCUGCUAAUAAUUCCUAGCCAGGCCUCUGUUUCUAUAGAAUAUGGUGAGAAUUCAAUCGGUUUGGAAGUCAAAUUCUGUUGGCCAGAAGAUCAGAUGUAAGUAUGAAUAUUAAUUUCUAGUUUAUAUAUCUAAAAACUAUUAAUUUUCAAAUAUAUAUAUAUAUAUAUAUAUAUGUCUAAAAACUAUUGCUGGGGAUGAUGCUUGAUAAUAUGAACCAACAAUGUUGUUUGUGUUUCUUUUCUUAUUUGUAUUGCAAGUGGAGCAAGUAAUUUUAUGUAACUGGACACAUAUUUCUGAUUUCCAGUUCUUGUUGUUUCCCCCCGUACGUAAUAUUGAUGAGGAUUUGUUGUGAAUUGCAACAUGUAAAAGUAUGUAUUCUUUCACUCUCCUAGUAAAGUGUCUGCAGCAGUCAAGUGCAAAACUAUGCAAAAGACAUAGAACUCCCUUGAUCAGAUGUCUUCAGCAGUCAAGUUGUAAGCUAAACAAGGACAUUGGAUCAAAAGUGCCUGGAGGAGUUGCAGGACUUAAAAAGGAUUGGAUGAUGCUGAGUUUGCAAAGGUUAAAGAUGAUAAAACUGCAAUUGCAGUUACAAUGUGAAAGGCCCUUGGCAUUUGGUUUAAUUGAGGUUUCUGUGAUCAAUGCAUUUCCGAAAGUCAACAUAAAAGAUUUCUUAAACCUUUUAACCAUAAAUACUAAUUCUGAGUUCGAAUUCGUGCAGAACAAUGCUCAACUUACUGGUUCUUAGGGUUUAAUUUUUCUUUUGAAAAUGAUAAACUGUUAAUGUGCUCAAUAGUUAAUUACAAAGAGAACUCUGUAUCCAGUCUUGGUCUUAAAAACAAGGUUUUAACAACUGGAUCUUACGUUCCCUCUAGUCCUUAAUGGAUCACGAAUAUGUUUUGUACGGAAGAAAACUUGUUUGUAUUCUAGCCUAACUCAAUGGCUGAUAGGGAGGGAAAUUAAAUCCAUGAAUCUCUUGCUACAAGCUUUUUUACAUAACAGGAAUAGCUUAAAUAUACUGCUUAGAAGUGCUUGCUGCUGGUUAAAUUUUUGGGUUACGUUGGAAAGAAAAUUCUUGCAUAUCUGCAAAGCGAAGGGCCAUCACAUCAUAAAUUGCUGGUCAUACGCAAAGUCCAUGUUCUGUUAAAUGAUUUAAACUACAAGUUCAACCUUUCAACCGACAUGCUCCUACAAAAUUCAAAGAAAACGACAUGAUUCAUGACAGAUGGCUGCGCUCUACUUACGAGUCAAGGAAGACCGCUCAUUUUAAGUCUUCCAUUGUCUAUAAUCUGACAAAGUAAACUAUAUCCCUCACAUUUGUUCGUCAGUGAGCUUUGGGGAAUUGAGCUAUGGCGGCUGGGUUAGCAAUAACAAGUGAAGGUGGGCAGUACAAUGGCAGGAUGACCCUUCUUGUUGUUCUGUCAUGUAUGAUGGCUGCCACAGGAGGAAUUAUCUUUGGUUAUGAUCUUGGAAUUUCAGGUGGAGUGACAUCUAUGGAGCCUUUUCUCAAGAAGUUCUUUCCAAACGUUUACACACAGAUGAAAGAAGACACCAAGAUUAGCAAUUACUGUAAAUUUGAUAGCCAACUGUUGACUUCAUUUACAUCUUCACUCUACAUAGCCGGCCUUAUUUCGUCUUUCUUCGCAUCACCUGUGACCAGAGCCUUUGGACGCAAGCCAUCGAUCCUUAUAGGAGGAGCUGCAUUCCUUGCUGGUUCAGCCCUUGGUGGUGCAGCUUUUAAUGUGUACAUGUUGAUAUUUGGUCGUGUCUUGCUUGGGGUUGGGGUUGGAUUUGCAAACCAAUCAGUCCCGUUAUACAUCUCUGAAAUGGCACUUCCCAGACACAGAGGAGCAAUGAACAUUGGCUUCCAAUGCGGUGUUGGCAUUGGAGUCCUUUCAGCUAACAUUAUAAAUUUUGGCACCGAAAAGAUUGAAGGUGGAUGGGGUUGGCGUAUCUCCCUGGCAUUGGCAGCACUCCCGGCCUCAUUCCUGACAAUAGGAGCUCUUCUUCUCCCUGAAACACCCAACAGCUUAAUCCAGAACAGCAAUAACCACCAAAAGGUGAAAAGCGUGCUGCAACGCAUACGAGGCACCGCUGAUGUCCAAGCAGAACUUGACGAUCUCAUCAAAGCAAGCUCAAUUUCAAAAACAACCAACCACCCAUUUCAGAAAAUUAUACAAAGAAAAUACAGGCCUCAAUUGGUAAUGGCAAUAGCUUUACCAUUUUUCCAGCAAGUGACAGGCAUAAAUGUCAUUACAUUCUAUGCUCCAAUCCUGUUCAGGACAAUUGGGCAAGGUGAAAGUGCUUCACUCAUGUCUGCAGUUGUGACUGGCCUUGUUGGUACUACUGCUACAUUCAUAUCAAUGCUUGCAGUCGAUAAGCUUGGCCGAAGGGCCUUGUUUAUGAUUGGGGGAAUCCAAAUGCUUGUGACACAAAUAAUUAUUGGAGGAAUUAUGGCAGCUUUGCUAGGGGAUCAUGGUGGACUAAGCAAAGGAUACGCUUACUUAGUUUUAGCUUUAAUUUGUGUAUAUGUUGCUGGUUUUGCAUGGUCAUGGGGUCCGUUGGGAUGGUUAGUUCCUAGUGAGAUUUUUCCUUUGGAGAUUAGAUCAGCCGGGCAAAGUAUUACAGUAGCAGUGGGCUUUCUAUUCACUUUCAUCAUUGCACAAACUUUUCUAUCUAUGCUCUGCCACUUCAAGUCAGGGAUUUUCUUCUUUUUCGGAGGAUGGGUGGUGUUGAUGACUGCAUUUGUAUACUUUUUCUUGCCAGAGACUAAAAAUGUGCCAAUUGAGCAAAUGGAAAAUGUAUGGAGGGAGCACUGGUUCUGGAAAAGGAUUGUUGGAGAGGUGGAUGAGAAGGUUUACACACAGGGGGCAAGAUGUUAAAUUUGAUUAAAGUUGCAUUCUCAUUAUAUAUCUAGCAAGAAGAAAUUAAUAUUUCUGUGGAGUUAUAUUCCAGCCACAGUUGCUUCAUUAUAUAUGCAGAGCCAUAGCAUGGUAACUCGAAAUUAUAGUAGAACAUACCACUUAGGCUUAGGUCCAGUGAUGAGAUUUGAAUACAACAAGGUUACUUUGAAGUGGUUAUUCUGCUGGUCUGUAUGCAAGCUUGCAGUCUUCAAAUUAAUAAUAACAUCAAGAAAAUGUGACAACA